CCCCUCUUGCCUUUCUUCUUCGUCGUCCUUUCGUAGCAGUGACAGUGAGCGGGAGAAGGGUGCUACGGCUGCGAGGGGAGGGCGAAGGAGGAGCAAUGCAGCAGAGCCCGUGGCGGCUCGUUCUCCUCCAGCGCCCUCUCUCGCUCUCCGGUGGCCAGGCAGUUUAAGUGUAAAAAAAAUGGAGGUGGAUGUAGACACAAUCUCGCGUCUUCGAUGCCAGCUCAAAGAAGCAGAGGAAGAAAGAAGAAAGGCAGCACAAUAUGGUUUAAAGCUGGUGGAGAGUGAAAACCUGUUGCAGAAUCAGCUAGAUGAACUGCAGAAUGAAAUAGUCACCAUGACAGAGAACUUUGAACAAGAAAAGUAUACGCUCCAGAGAGAAGUGGAAUUAAAGAACAGAAUAUUAGGAAGUGUAAACCUUGAAUGUGAGGUUCUUAAGCAGCAGCAAAAUGUGCAACUUGAUACACUGCGCGAACAACUGGAAAGACGGCAUGGACAAGAAAUAAAUGAACUUAAGAAUAAGGUGGAAAAACUGAAAUCUGAGCUAGAUGAAACUCUGCUUAGUGAGAAACAGUUGAAGCACAAAGUGGAUCACCUGAAGGAGGUUGUUACGUCUAAAUCGGAAGAACUGCGAAUAAUGUCAGAACGUGUACAUGAAACCAUGUCUUCAGAAGUGCUCAGUCUUCAGCUUGAGCUGAUGGCACUUGAACAGGCAAAGACAGAUCUUGAAGACAGGUUACGUGAUCUGCAGUACAGCAAAGAGCAGCUGGAGCUUGGAAAUGGCAAUCUCACUAAUCGACUGGCACGUCUUGAAGAGGAGAAAGAAGAAAGGGAAAAAGAUCUUAUUUCUUACUGUAAUGCAUUGGAGAAAGCCCGUGAGGUGAAUAGAGACCUUCAGAUUCAGCUUGAUCACGCAUUGCAGCAGGCCCUGGAUCCUUCUAGUAAAGGCAAUUCUUUGUUUGCUGAGGUGGAAGAUCGUAGAGCAGAAAUGGAGCGUCAGCUGAUCAGUAUGAAAGUAAAAUACCAGUUGCUACAAAAACAGCAUACUUUCACUAGAGAACAGCUUCAAAGAAUGAAGCUGCAGAUGGCUACACUCUUACGAAUGAAAGGUUCACAAGGAGAGCAUGAUCAGCUGGAACGUUUGCAGAAUAUGCUUCAACAAAAGAAUGGUGAAAUAGAAGAACUUUUAAUGAAAGUGAAACAACUGGAGAAAUCUACGAAGGUAUCUGAAAACUCAAGAGAAUUGAUGGUUUUGAAUACUUCAGAAUCUGAAAAUGGCUACUACACUGAUUUGCUCCAAAUGAAGCUCGAGAAUUCAGAUAAGGAGGUAGAAAAUUUGAAAAGUGAAUUAUCUUUACAGCGGAUGAAAGCAUUGUUUGAAAGUCAGCGGGUUUUGGAAAUGGAACGGAAGCUUUUUGCAAGUGAAAGACAACUGGAGGUUUGCCAAAGUGAGAGCAUAAACUUGCAAGUGCUGCUUGAUGACCUUAGAAUCAAGUAUGAGCCUGAAGAGUUAAUCAAGUUCAAGAAGGCUCAUGGAGAUAUGGCUUGUGAUAAGUUAAAUAGCAGAAGAACCUCUGUGAGUGAAAUUGCUUGUUUGCUGUCUCAAAGCAAGGAAGAGGCAAAAGUAAGCGAAGCUGCUCUGAAAACUACACUUCAAGCUAUGCCAAUGAAUGUGGCUGUCCCUCCAGCAAUGCAACAGAAAAGUAAUCAACCUGAAAGGAAAAGAGUCAAAAUCAAAGAGCUAGAAUUUGACAGGGGAUCUAUAAAUAAGGAUGGGAACAAUCUUGGACCAUCUCCUUCCACCAGGUUAACAUCUGAGCCUGAAGUAGAGACAGAAGAAAAUUAUGUUGGCGCAGUUGAAGAUACAAGUAAGCAUGAGAAGAAAAGCCAAAAGAAAACAUAUCCUAUAAUAUACAUGUCUUCCAAACAAGCUCCUGAACCCCAGUGUACUCAACAGUGACUUGAAUAUUACUUCUGUACUGAGGGCCUUAUAGAUUUGACUGAAAAAGAAUAUAUUGAAACUAAAAUUUGACUUAGUUCUUCAGGGCCUUGGGUAAAAAAUGCAGACUUACAUAUUGACUGUACUACUUGUCAGCCAAAGAGCUGUAAUGCGGAAACAAAACUGUUCAAAGCUAACAUUAAAGUUGUUAUAGGUUGUGUAACAUUAUUCGGGCGAUCGUCUACAAGAAGAAAUAAACCUGCCAGCAACUUUACUAGUGAGUAUUGUAAUGGUUUCAGGAAGCUUUCAAAAUAUUAAUCCAACUAUGCAUACUUCACAUUUGUGGAAGAGUAAGGACCAAACACUUCUAGCAAGUGGAUUGUAACGUCACAAGUUUAUAUGGGUACAGCAAAUUGUAUAUUUGUUGCUUCCACCCCAAGGUGUCAUUAUAUUACUUCUCUUUUUAGAUGUACUAACGUAUUCAAGGUUUUGUCAAACGUUAAAUUUAAAUAAAGCUUUCAACUUGUU